AUGUUGAAAGGGAAUCACACCACUGUGACGGAGUUCAUCUUGUUGGGAUUCACGGACAACCAGAACCUGAGAGUCAUGCUUUUUGUGGUGUUUCUGUUCAUCUACCUGCUCAUCCUGGUGGGGAAUCUCGGGAUGGUCACUUUAAUCAGGAUUGAGUCCCGGCUUCACACCCCCAUGUACUUUUUCCUCAGUAACCUGGCCCUCUUAGAUGUGGGAUACUCCACCGUCAUCGCUCCCCAGACACUGAUGGCCUUUGCAGUGGAGAGCAAAGCAAUUACAUUCGCUGGGUGCACUCUGCAGUUUUACUUCUUCUGCAUUGCUGUGUCCUGUGAGUGCUGCCUGUUGGGUGUCAUGGCGUAUGAUCGCUUCACAGCCAUCUGCAGUCCAUUGCUCUACACCGUCAUCAUGUCCAAGCGGUUCUGCGUGCUGCUGGUGCUGGGGUCGUACCUAGCCAGCUGGGUAAAUGCAACAGUUCAGACUAUAUUUAUAUUCCGUUUGUCCUUCUGUGGAUCAAACGUCAUCAACCAUUUCUUCUGUGAUGUGCCCCCCAUCCUGAAACUGGCCUGCUCUGACACCCACAUCACAGACACUUUGCUUAAAGGCAAUCACAGCAUGGUGACCCAGUUCAUCCUCCUGGGGCUGACGGAUCGUCAGGAGCUGCAGAUACCCCUCUUCGCAGCGUUCCUGGUGAUCUAUGUUCUUACGCUGGUGGGGAAUCUCGGGAUGAUUGUGUUGAUCAGGGUUGAUCCCCGACUCCACACCCCCAUGUACUUCUUCCUCAGUAACCUGUCCGUUGUUGACCUCUGCUACUCCUCAGUCUUCGCUCCAAGGAUGCUGGUGAAUUUCUCAGUGGGGAGUAAAAGCAUUUCUUACUCUGCCUGUAUUGCCCAACACUUCUCUUUUGUCGUGUUUGUGACCACAGAAGGGUUCCUGCUGGCCGUGAUGGCAUACGACCGCUAUGUAGCCAUUUGUAACCCUCUGCUCUACACCGCUGUUAUGUCUAAGAGAGUCUGUAUUCAUCUAGUGGCCAGCUCAUAUGUCGGGGGGCUCGUGAACUCACUGACCCACACAUGUGGCUUGCUGAGGUUGUCGUUCUGCGGGCCCAACAUCAUCAAUCAUUACUUUUGUGACACUAACCCAUUGCUGAAGCUCGCCUGCUCUGAUAACCACAUCAAUGAGAUUUUGCUUGUAACGUUCUCUGGAGUUAUUGCCAUGUCCACCCUCCUGACUGUCAUAAUCUCUUAUCUGUACAUCCUCUUCUCUAUCCUGAGGAUCCGCUCUGCCAAGGGCAGGCGCAAAGCCUUCUCCACCUGUGCCUCUCAUCUGACAGCUGUCACCAUGUUCUAUGGACCUGUGAGCUUAAGCCACAUACAACCCAGUUCCAGCUACUCACUGGAACAGGAGAAAAUCUCUGCUGUGUUUUAUACCCUGGUGGUCCCCAUGUUGAACCCCCUGAUCUACAGCCUGAGGAACAAGGAGGUUAAGGGUGCUCUUAAGAGGGUGAUAGACUGGAAAAACAUUCUCAGCUAA